GAGGCUCGGGGCUGCCACAGUGAUCCGGCAACCUUGCAAGGAGAGAGAAUGUGCAGACAUUGCUCUUCACGAGGAGCAACUGAACGCCGUGCUACAUUCACUCUGGUCGGAGCGGCGUGGGAUUGGAGACAUUGUGGCUGCCACAUGGCACCCCCUGGAAGCCGCAUGUGCCGCACGGGAGUCCAAGAUAUGGCAACUCAACCUAUUUCAAGGGUCUUUAACCACGCAGAUUGUUGUUUGCAAUACUCUUCAUCCCUUCCACCCUUUGAACACUCCAUCUUGA